AACGAACCAUACUAAUGGCAACCGACGGAAACACAAGUGUGACGAAUGCGGGGAAACGUUCAGCACAGCCCUUAAACUUAGAAACCACGAAACAGAUCAUACAGAGGCCCAUAGAUGCCUCAUAUGCGGAAUGAGUUCAAGUCGAAAUUUGUUCUAACGAGGCACAUGCUUGUUCACAAUGGUGAGCGAUUGUUCGAAUGCGAUAUCUGUGGUAAAUCUUACAAAUCAGCAAGAAAACUUAAUGAGCACAAAAAGUAUCACAUAUCUGAUGAGAAAGAACUGCACAGAUGCGAUUUUUGUGGAAGAAGCUUUGUUCAUCGCUACAAACUCGCACAACAUUUGGACACACAGUGAUGAACGACGGUACCAGUGCAACAUCUGCGGUAAACAGUACAAGACAAGAGGAGUUCUUUACAAUCAAAGAAGAGUACAUAACGGCGAACAAUCGUCCAAGUUCGACGAAUCCGGCGGAACGAUCAGUAAGCUUAGGAAUCACUCAAAUCAUAUGUCCACUCACAGUGACGUGGAAAGGUACAGAUGUGACAUCUGCGGCAAGGAUUACAAAUCAACAACAAAUCUUAAUCAGCACAAGAAGUAUCACACAUCUCAUGAGGAUGAACUGCUCAAAUGCCCCGACUGCGGGAAAGGUUUCGUAUAUCGCUACGCACUUGUAAAACAUAUGACCACUCACAGUAACGAGCGAGAGUUCGAGUGCGACAUUUGUGGCAAAUCGUAUAAAACGGCAACUAAUCUCUAUGAUCAUAGGAAGUAUCACAUAUCCGGUGAGAACAAACUGCACAGAUGCGACAAUUGUGGAAAAGGUUUCGUUUAUCACCAUUUACUCUUAAGACAUAUGCGUACUCACAGUGAUGAGAGACGGUACAGGUGCGACAUAUGCAGUAAAGAUUUCAAAUCGGCAAGUAAUCUUAGUGAGCACAUGAAAUAUCACACAACCCGUGAGGAUGAACUGCACAGAUGCGACUUUUGUGCGAAAACUUUCGUUUAUCGCUCGGUCCUCUUAAAUUAUAUGCACGCUCACAGUGACGAGCGAAGCCGUAGAUGCGACAUCUGCGGCAAGGAAUACAAAUCACCAGCAGGUCUGAAUCAACACAAGAAAUAUCACACAUCCCAUGAGAAUGAACUACACAAAUGCCCAAUUUGCGGAAAAGGUUUCGUGCAUCGCCGCAUACUCGUAGAACAUAUAAACACUCACAGUGACAAGCGUCGGUAUGAGUGCGAUAUCUGCGGCAAGCAGUACAAGGCAAGAGGAGGACUUUACGUGCACAAGAAAAUGCAUAACGGUGAACAAUCGUGACAACCAGUGUGCUAAGUGGCUAAUCACGUGCGUCAUCUGUGGCAGAGCCUUCAAGUCUUCCAGUUGCUCUGUUACACACAAAAAUCGUCGAUGAACGUCCCUUCAGUUUUUUUUUCUGCUGUAAGUCUGAAGAAGGGUAACUGGUUUCGAGGUACGAUACCGGUCUGAAAAGCCAGCUUCGUCCUUCCAAAGACAACACAUAUAUACACUGGCUAAUUUAAAAUACUCAUUUCACGAAACACAUUUUCUUAUGAAAAAUACAAAAUGUAAGAUAAACACUGAUGGUUGUUCGAACAUGGAGAAAUGAAAGAACUACAGAAGUAAAAGUUUUCGAAAAAAUACCUUGAGCUUGCUCGUGGAUGACAAUAUCUUCGUCGUCUUCUUUGAUUGUACUUUCGUCUUAGGUGUGAAGAACCUUUAGUCUAGAACUCCAGGACCAAGCUAAGAUUUUCAUUAUAUUUUAUCUUCAAUUUUCGCUUGAAGUGAAUUGGGACUAAGGCCUUUCCCAUCAUCGGCUGCGCAGUAUAGAGUCUGGGACUGUGAGCUACCAGAGUUUACGAUUGAGAUCCAUCAGUAUGCAAUCUAUGAUACACUGUUAAUAAAUGCCACGAUUACUUCGAGUGGUUUUGCACUUCACUCGAUUCGUCACGUUACACUGCAAAAUGAAAUGACUUAGUGUUGAUUUCACAAUGAUGAUCAAUGAAAACCAAUGAAAUGAUCUUGCGUUGAGAACUGUUCAAUGGAAAUCACAAUCAUAUUAUAAUGAGCUGUUUGAAGCAAUUGAAUUACAGCUUAUCUUUUAUUAAUAGCAUAGUUGGUAAACACUAUAUAUCAAAUAAAAGAUCGAUCGAUUUAAUUGUUACUCACAACACAAAUAUACAUAAGAAUGACUAGUUAUUACAACUAAUAAUAUUUCCAUUGCAUUGUGGACUGGUUCCCUUAGGACUAAGUGUAACUUCUUUUAAUAACUAACUACCAAAUUUUAGUAUCAUUACUAUCAACUUCAAUGAUUAGAUCACAAUUUGAUGUUUCUCUAAAGAACGCUUUCCAACGAUCGUUUUCUCAUUUCAAAAUGGAGC